AUUAUGUUCGGUUGCUUUAGGGAAUACAUGGGUUGGGAGGAAGAAUGGGAACAAGAAUGAUUGAUCAUCAGCCUUUGAUAUUUGACCAUGCAGCUCAGUUCUUCACGGUGACCAACCCGAAAUUUGCCGAGCUAGUAGAUGACUGGUUGAAGAGGGGUUUGGUUCGUGAAUGGCAAGGUACAAUUGGUGAGCUUGAAGUUGGUGGGCAUUUUGUUCCAUUUCCUUCUUCUCCUCCCAAGUAUAUAGGGGUCAAUGGAAUGCGCCCACUUGCGGAUUCAUUACUAUCUCAGACUUCUUUGGUCAAUGUGGUGCGCCCUUGUUGGGUAAGUACACUUGAACCAUUUAACGGGACGUGGCACUUUAGUGAGAAGGAAAAGCCUUGUGGGCAGUUUGAUGCAAUUGUCAUUGCACAUAAUGGAAAAUGUGCAAAUAGAUUGCUCGCAUCAUCAGGCUUACCUCUCAUUGCAAGACAAAUGAAGAGACUUGAACUCAGUCCUAUAUGGGCUCUUCUUGCUGCAUUUGAGGAUCCUCUGCCUACUGCUGUAAAUGCAGAGUCCCUUCCCUUUGAAGGAGCUUUUGUAAAAGGGGUUGAAUCUGUCUCUUGGAUGGCAAACAACACUAAGAAACUCUUAGGUAGAGAUAGUGGUCCACAAUGUUGGACAUUUUUCAGCACUGCAACCUUUGGAAAGCAGAACAAAGUCCCUCAGGAAAGUAUUCCAGCUGCGACGGCAGAGAGAGUGAAGGAAGCUAUGCUUGAGGGUGUUGAGAAGGCUCUAGGACUGUCAAAAAGUUCACUCCAAAGGCCAUUUUAUACCAGAUUACAACUAUGGGGUGCAGCUCUUCCAACCAACACCCCUGGAAUUCCAUGCAUCUUUGAUCCUCAUGGAAGAGCUGGUAUAUGUGGUGAUUGGCUGCUUGGCUCAAGCUUAGAAUCUGCAGCUAUAAGUGGCAUUGCUCUUGCUGAUCAUAUUGCAGAUUACUUCCAACAAGGUGGACCUUGCUCAGAUGAGUUUGCUGUUGGUUUGCACGAUGAGUACAAGCCACUUGAAGGACAUGAUAUAGGGCAGUUCCCAGGACUGGAAUCUGUUGAUCAAACCGGAAAGGCCCCAGCUUUGACACUCACUACAUGAAUUAAUCCUGUAAUGAAGUUUUUUGAUGAUGAUUAGUUGGUAAAGCUAGUGAACAAAUUAAGACUCACUACAGAACAACCAUUCUGCAACGUCAGUGACAGACUUGAGCUUGAAUCAUUUUUGCUAGCAGCUCAUGAGAAGGUUCCAACUCAAUACCAGAAAUCGAGCCCGAGUAGGAUAUUCCACCUUCAUCUUUUUGUUCAAGAGAAAAGCACUCAGAAGUCAACUACUGAUGUCAUUUGAAUCUCAGUUGGUGAGCAAGUUUAUUAAAACCUUGAACUACGGUUCUACAAUUUAAAAGAGAAAUUUUUGUAGCUUGAAUAUGCAGUGUGUUGUAUAUGUACGAGAAUUAUGAGUACAUAUAGACGGUUCAGUAGGGCGCCGAGAAGAUGAUAACUGGCAAGUAGGUAGUUUUUCCGUAGGAAAUUGUUCUUGAUAAUUCUGUGUUUUGGUCAGAAUAAGGUCUGCCAUUGUUGUGAAGUUUGUGAAUGAAAAUAGAGUGUUGUUAUACUCGAGUCAGACGCUGAAAGUAUCAUUUCUUGUAAAAGGAAUACUUGAAAUAACACGAGAAUCCAGAAUUACAUCAAGCAAA